AUGUUUAUGGACGAUAGCGGUAUCGAGAGCGGCGACAAGCUGGAAUCGCUGUUCAUCGAUGAGCUGGCAACCUUCGGUGAGGACCAUCUGUUAAAGGAUGUCACUCCGAGCGUCCUGAAAGGGGGCUUGGAUUCCGACGCAGAAAGUGACAUCUACUCUAAGCUGAACGAUUUCGAUGUCGUGUUUGAAAAUCCGGGCGAAAGGCAUGAUCCUAUCCGUGCAGCUGUGGCAGCAACUGCUGCCCCAGUGCCCGAUUCGGAACGUCUUCCUUCAGGCCAGCAGCAGCAUCAGUAUCCGUCCAGUGCUGGUGGCCGUAAGGUGCUAACAAGCGACAAUAGUACCGAUUCGUUCGCUUCCUCUUCGGCUACAUCCAGCGGAGCUACGGUGCCUUCCGGUGCGAACGGGGACGAUGGUUCGCAACGAGACCACGGUUCGGUGGCACAGCUAAGCACGUGCAAAAUAUUACAACGGAAGCUGGAACUGAAGGUAGAACGCGCCAAACGCAACUACAAACAGAUGUACCAGGAUGGGCAACAAGAUUCGGUAGAAAAAGAACCCAAAAUUAGCAGCCUGAUACCCAUAUCUCGGCUUCCAAUACCGGCCGGUCGGGAUAGCCAUCAGCUGGUCGAUGUUAAUACGGGCUUUAACAGUGAUGAGGAGUUGGAGAAUGUGUCCUUCUUCCCACGUCGUAAAGGAAGUGGUGGUCCUCACACGCGUCAGGAGCUCUCCGACACGUUCAGCAUUCAGGAGAUGACGAUCGAGUCGGACAACGAGGAUCUGGACUUUGAACAGUGCCGCAAGCUGUCCGACAGCAAGGGUUACCGGAAAAUUCUAAAUCGUAGCAAUAGUGCUGCUGGUCAGGACGAUUAUCUCGACAACGACACGCUGGAUGAGGAUGACGAUUCGCAAAAUCUGGAGCUGUUGCCACCUAAAGGUGGUUAUGCACUGAAGGAGCAACUAAGGCGGGUGUUUUGCUGCUGCUGGAAAAGUAACGAUUUCUUGUAA